UGUCAUUUUUUCUCACACAGCCACCCACACACACACACACACAGUGCCUGUGUUGAGAAGUUACUCUUUUCAGCUCAAAGAAUUUCCAUUUUCAUGGUGACAGUGAUCUUCUUCCUUCCACUACUCUUCAUUUCCUUCUUCAUUUUCAAACUGGCUUACAAAAUCAUAUGGGUCCCUCUAAAAGUUCAACAUCACUUCAAGAAACAAGGUCUAGAAGGACCAAGUUACAGUCCAAUUUUCAAGAACACAGCAAGUAUCAGAAGAGUAGUGAUAGCAGAAGCUGAAUCAAAGACAACUUGUUUCAGUCAUCAUCAUGAUAUAGUAGUUUCACGUGUGAUGCCACACUACUAUAAUUGGUCAACGCUGUAUGGCAAGAAUUUCCUUUACUGGUUUGGUCCUACACCUAGGCUUGCUAUUGCUGACCCAAAGCUCAUCAAGCAGAUUUUGCUCAACACCUGUGGUUCUUUUGAGAAAGUCAAACAUAACCCUUUGUCAAAGCUUCUCUUUGGAGAUGGGCUUGUUAGGUUAGAUGGUCGCAAAUGGGCUAUUCAUAGAAGGAUCACCAACCCGGCCUUUAACAUGGAGAUAGUAAAGGGUUGGAUUUCUGAAAUGGUUGAUAGCACAACAAAGUUGUUGGAGAAGUGGGAAGAGGUAAGAAGUGCAAGAGACCAGUUUGAGAUAGACGUACACAAGGAAUUUCACAACCUUUCAGCAGAUAUCAUUUCUAGGACGGCUUUUGGAAGCAGUUUUGAGGAGGGCAAGCGUAUUUUUGAAUUACAAGACCAGCAAGUGAGCCUUGUUUUAGAGUCCAUACGAAGUGUUUAUAUUCCUGGAUUCAGAUUUUUAUCCACCAAGAAGAACAGAUUGAGGAGUAGACUGGAGAAGGAAACUCGAGAUGCAAUAAGGAUGUUGAUAAGCAAUGGCAGCAGAACAGAAAACAAUUCAAAGAGCCUGCUUUCUUUGUUGAUGAAUCCAAUCAAGAAUCAGGAUGACAAAGAGGAGAAACUGGAUAUAGAGGAGGUUGUAGACGAAUGCAAAACAUUCUACUUUGCAGGAAAGGAAACAACUGCUAAUUUUCUGACAUGGGCUUUUCUUCUGUUGGCGUUGCAUCAAGAAUGGCAAAGCAAGGCGCGGGAAGAAGUCGUUCGUGUGUGCAGAAAUGGGAUUCCUACUGCAGAGAAUAUAGCUGAUCUCAAGAUUGUGAGCAUGAUAUUGAAUGAAACACUUCGUCUUUACCCGCCAGCAGUGAUGUUGAUGAGGCAAGCAUCCAAGAAAGUCAAGUUAGGAAACCUUGACAUUCCAGGGAACACACAGUUCUAUUUGGCCAUGACUGCUGUCCAUCAUGACAAGGUGAUCUGGGGAGAUGAUGCCCAUGAAUUCAACCCGUUGAGAUUUUCUGAGUCGCGGAAACAUUUAGCCUCAUUUUUCCCAUUUGGAUUAGGCCCCAGAAUCUGCGUGGGCCAAAACUUAGCUCUUGUUGAAGCUAAAGUGGUCCUGGUAAUGAUCAUUCAGCAAUGUUCUUUUUGCAUUUCCCCAUCAUACAUCCAUGCCCCGAUGCAGGCUAUGACCUUACAGCCUCAGUAUGGUGCUCAAAUACUCUUUAGCAAGAUUUCUUUUUGAGUAUUUGCUUGAGAAAACGCCAGGGUUGUCCGGAAACAAAAUCCUGAAAAUAAAUGCUUGCUACAGAAUAACUAGUGCUGACUGACUUUUUAUUCUUGUGUGCAUUAUGAGGACUACAAACUCACAGGACAUGAUAACAGCCAACAAAGAAUGUACUAAUAUGUACUGAAUUUCAUACCAGAAAGAGACUUUUAUGAGGAGCUUCAAAAUUGUGUUGCUGGGACCUUGAGUUAAACAUAUUUGCUUCUUUUAAUGUGGAUGUAUAUAGUUUUCUUAUAUACCAUUGACUCGUAUAGUCGGUGUUUACACUUUGUAAAUUAUCAGUAUGGUAUGAUAGUCAACUAGAAUAAA